AUGAGCAAGACAACAGAGCAAGAACAGAGCAAGAACAAGAACGAAACUGACAAAGACAGGAACAGGAGACAGAAGACAGGCAAGAACAAGACAAGAACAGAGCAAGACAGAGACAAGAACAGGCAAGGAACAGAACAGAGCAGGAGCAAGAACAGAGACAAGCAAGAACAAGAAGAACAGAACAGGGAACAGAACAGAACAGAACAGGGGCAAAGAGCAAGAACAGGAGCAGAGCAAGAAACCGAGAGCAAGGGGAGCAAGAGCAAAGAGCAAAAAGAACAAGGGCAGGGGAGCAAGAGGGCAGAGCAAGAGACAAGGAGCAAGAGCAAGAAGGGAAGCAAGGAGCAGAGCAAGACAAGCAAAGACAAGACAAGACAAGACAAGGGAGAAGCAAAGGAGCAAGGACAAGAGCAAGGCAAGGAAGAGCGGGGAGCAAGGGGCAGCAAGCAAGACAAGAAGCAGGCAAGACAGGGAGCAGGGCAAGAGGAACAAGAAACAGGAGACAGACAAGCAAGAACGAGACAAGCAAGAAACAAGAAAUAA